GUGAACUCUUGGUUUGGGUAAUAGGGAGGGGCCAGGGAGAAGUAAAGAAAGAGACGCAACUGUUCUCCUGCCUUGAGGCUGAGUCCUCAGGGGGUGGAGUCAAGGAACACAGAAGACUUUCUGGGACACUGCCAUCAAGUGAGGGCAUUUCUAGUCACUCCCUGCACCAGGAACUUAGGCUUCUGGCUCCCUGCUGGUGGCUGCCCCAGGCAUCUGUAGGAACCCUGCCUUCCUUGUUGGGUUGGCCAACAUAGCAGGUACCCGAGUUCAGCUGAGGACUGGUGAUGUGUGUCCUCUUCUCACUGCUCCUGCUGGCCUCUGUCUUCUCAGCAGGCCAGACCACUUGGGGUGUCUCCAGUCCCAAGGAUGUGCAGGGUUUGAAGGGGUCUUGCCUGCUCAUCCCCUGCAUCUUCAGCUUCCCGGCCAGUGUAGAGGUGCCCGAUGGCAUCACAGCCAUCUGGUACUAUGACUACUCAGGCAAGCGGCAGGUGGUGAUCCACUCGAGGGACCCCAGCCAGGUGGAGGAGCGCUUCAGGGGCCGCGCUGAGCUGAUGGGAAACAUGGAUCACAAGGUGUGCAACCUGUUACUCAAAGACCUGAAGCUUGAGGACUCUGGCAACUACAACUUCCGCUUUGAGAUCAGUGAUGUCAACCGCUGGUCAGAUGUCAGAGGCACCAAGGUCACCGUGACAAAGGACCCCAGCGCUCCCACUAUUACGGCCCCAAAGGAGCUGCGUGAGGGCAUGGAGGCGAAUUUCAACUGUUCUACGCCCUACGUGUGUCUAAAGGAGAAGGCCAGCCUGCAGUGGGAAGGCCAGGACCUUUCUCAUUCUGUGACCUUCAGUCACCAGAGCCUUGAGCCCACUGGCGUCAAUCACCAGGAGACCCUGCAUAUGCCCCUAUCUUGGCAGGACCACGGCCGGGCCCUACGCUGUCGGUUCUCACUGGCCACGCUCAGCAGUCAGAAAGAAGUCUACCUCCAAGUGCAGCAUGCCCCCAAAGGUGUGGAGAUCCUCCUCAGCUCCUCAGGAAAGAACAUCCUUCCAGGGGAUCUAGUUACACUCACCUGUCAAGUGAACAGCAGCUAUCCUGAUGUCAGUUCUGUGCUGUGGACCAAGGAUGGAGUGAGCCUCCCAGCCGGUGGUCGUGUGCUGCGGCUCUCCUCAGCAGCCUGGAAUGAUUCUGGGGUCUACACCUGCCAAGCAACAAAUGAUGUGGGCUCUAUGGUAUCACCCCCAGUCAGCCUUCAUGUUUUUAUGGUUGAGGUCAAGAGGAGCCCGGCGGGGCCCGUCUUGGAAAACGAGACAGUGACGCUGGACUGUACCAGCCCCAAAGAGGCACCCCAGGAGCUCCGCUACAGCUGGUACAAGAACAACAUUCUCCUGGAAGAUGCCCACUCUCCCACCUUGCACCUGCCUGCCGUCACCAGGGCCAAUACCGGCUUCUAUUUCUGUGAGGUGCAGAACACCCAGGGCCGUGAGCGCUCCGGCCCCGUGAGUGUGGUGGUCAGAUAUCCACCCCUUGCUCCAGUCUUGACUACUUUCCUGGAGACACAGGCUGGGCUUGUGGGCAUCUUUCAUUGCUCUGUGGUCAGUGAGCCCCUGGCCACACUGGUGCUCUCACACGGAGGCCUCACGCUGGCCUCCAGCUCCGGAGAAAAUGACCUCAAUCCUCGCUUCAGCAUUUCCUCCGCCCCCAACUCCCUGCGCCUAGAGAUCCGAGACUUGCAGCCCUCUGACAGUGGGGACUACGCAUGUGCAGCCACCAACUCCCUUGGAAGAGCAACUUCCAGCCUGCACUUCCAUGCUAAUGUGGCCCGGCUCCUCAUCAGUCCUUCAGCACAGGUGGUGGAAGGGCAGGCCGUGACUCUGAGCUGCAGGAGCGGCCUGAGCCGAGCAUCUGACACUCGCUUCUCCUGGUACCUGAACGGAGCACUACUUCUCCAGGGAUCCGGCAGCGACCUUCUGCUUCCUGCAGCCUCCAGCACGGACGCUGGCUCGUACUACUGUGUGGCACAGACUGGCCCCAGCACCAGCGGCCCCUCCCAGCCUGCCGUCCUCACUGUGCUUUACCCCCCAAGAAAGCCCACAUUCACCGCCAGGCUGGAUUUGGAUACCUCUGGUGUUGGGGCUAGCCGGCGUGGCCUCCUCUUGUGCCACGUAGACAGCGACCCCCCAGCUCAUCUUCAGCUUCUCCACAAGGGCCACAUUGUGGCCACUUCUCUUCCAUCGGGGUGUGGGAGCUGUUCCUCACGCACAAAGGUCCGCAGAGCCUCCAACUCACUGCGUGUGGAGAUCCAGAACCCAGUAUUAGAGGACGAGGGCAUGUACCUGUGCGAGGCUAGCAACACACUGGGCAACUCCUCUGCCUCAGCCACCUUCAAUGCUAAGGCCACUGUCCUGGUCAUCUCGCCGGCGGACACACUGCGUGAGGGCACAGAGGCCAACCUAACUUGCAAUGUGAGCCAGGAAGUUUCUGUCAGCCCUGCCAACUUCUCCUGGUUCCGGAAUGGGGUGCCGUGGACCGAGGGACCACUGGAGACUAUAAGGCUGCAGCCCGUGGCCAGAACCGAUGCUGCCAUCUACGCUUGCCGCCUUCUCACUGAGGACGGGGCUCAGCUCUCAGCUCCUGUGGUCCUAAGUGUGCUGUAUGCCCCAGACCCUCCAAAGUUGUCAGCUCUCCUGGAUGUGAGUCAGGGCCACAUGGCUGUGUUUAUCUGCACUGUGGACAGCCGUCCCCUGGCUCACCUGUCUCUAUUCCGUGGGGAGCAUCUCCUGGCCACCAAUUUGGAACCCCAGCAUCCUUCCCAUGGCAGAAUCCAGGCCAAGGCCACAGCCAACUCCCUGCAGCUAGAGAUUCGAGAACUAGGUCUUGAGGACUCUGGAAACUACCAGUGCGAGGCCACCAAUGCUCUCGGAUCAGCCAACAGUUCACUCUUCUUCCAGGUCAGAGGAGCCUGGGUCCAGGUCUCACCAUCACCCGAGCUCCAGGAGGGCCAGGCUGUGGUCCUGAGCUGCCAGGUGCCCACAGGGAUCCCCGAGGGGACCUCCUUCCAGUGGUAUCAGGAUGGCCGGCCUCUCCUAAGUUCAACCUCAUCUACACUCCGCAUUGCGGCCAUAAGUCUGAGGCAAGCUGGUGCCUACCACUGCCAAGCUCAGGCUCCAGACUCAGCUACCGCCAGCCUGGCUGCCCCUGUCAGCCUCCAUGUAUCCUACACCCCACGCCAGGCCACGCUCAGUGCCCUGCUAGGCACAGGCCCUACACGACUCGGCCUCCUGGUCUGCAAUGUCCACAGCGAUCCCCCAGCUCAGCUGCGGCUCUUUCACGGAAACCGCCUCGUGGCCUCGACCCGAGGAGGCUCAGAGGAACUGGCGAGCAGUGAUUCCCGGCUGCGUGUGACUGUGAGCACCAAUGAACUGCGUCUGGAGAUCAACUUUACCGGGCUGGAGGAUGAUGGCCUCUACACCUGUGAGGCCACCAACACGCUGGGUCAGGCCUCUGCUACAGCCGACUUCGAUGCCCAGGCUGUGCGCGUGCAGGCGUGGCCCAAUGCCACUGUGCAGGAAGGUCAGCAGGUCAACCUGACCUGCUUGGUGUGGACUGCUGAGCAGGCCCCGCUCAGCUACACAUGGUACAAGGGUGGGCAACAACUCCCUGGUGCCCGUUCCAUCUCCCUGCCCAAUGUCACAGUCAUAGAUGCCACCUCCUACCGCUGUGGUGUGGGACUCCCUGGCCAGGCACCUCACCUCUCCAGACCUGUCACCCUGGAUGUCCUCUAUGCCCCCCGAAGCCUGCGACUGACCUACCUCCUGGAGACGCAGGCCAGGCGGCUGGCCCUGGUGCUAUGUACUGUGGAUAGUCGCCCACCCGCCCGGCUAGCUCUCAGCCAUGGCGGGCGCCUUCUAACCUCUUCAUCUGAAGCCUCUGUCCCCAACACCCUGCGCCUAGAACUUCGGGACCCGAGGCCUAGCGAUGAGGGUCUCUAUAGCUGCUCUGCCCACAGCCCAUUGGGCAAAGUCAACACCUCCCUGGAACUUCGCCUAGAAGGUGUCCGAGUGAAGAUGGCUCCUUCUGCUACUGUGUCUGAGGGGGAGCCUGUCACAGUGACCUGCGAGGACCCUGCUGCCCUCCCACCCACCCUCUAUGCCUGGUUUCACAAUGGCCGCUGGCUUCAGGAGGGGCCAGCUCCCUCACUCCAGUUUUUGGCGACUACGAGGGCUCACGCCGGCGCCUACUUUUGCCAGGUGCAUGACACACAGGGUACACGCGGCUCCCGGCCUGCCACCCUGCGAGUUCUCUAUGCCCCUCGGGAUGCUGUCCUGUCUUCCUUUCGGGACUCGAGGGCCAGGCUCACGGUCGUGAUACAGUGCACUGUGGACAGCGAACCACCUGCUGAGCUAGUCCUAUCCCACAACGGCAAGGUGCUAGCUGCCAGCCAUGAGCUUCCCAGCUCCGCAUCAGGGACAGGCCACAUCCAGGUGGCCCGAAAUGCUCUUCGACUGCAGGUGCAAGGCGUGACUGGGGGAGAUGACAGUGUCUAUGUCUGUACAGCCCGAAAUGCACUGGGCUCCAUCAGUACCACGCAUAAGCUCCCGGGAGAGACUGACAUACAUGUGGCAGCUGAGCCAGGCUUGGAUGUGCCAGAGGGUAUAGCCCUAAACCUAAGCUGCCACCUCCCUGGUGGCGCCAAGCCCAUGGACAACUCUACCAUCACAUGGUUCUGGAAUCGCCAUCUGCUACGUACACAGCCUGUGCCCACACUCUCCUUCACCCACGUGUCCCGGGCUCAGGCUGGACUGUACCACUGCAGGGCUGAACUGCCCACUGGGGUCACUACCUCUGCUCCUGUCAUGCUCCGUGUCCUCUAUCCUCCCAAGACGCCCACUCUGACAGUGUUUGUGGAGUCUCAGGGUGGCCUCCAGGGCAUCCUUGACUGUCGAGUGGACAGUGAGCCCCCAGCCAGCCUCACCCUCCACCUGGGCACUCAACUUGUAGCCUCCAACCAACCUCAGGGUGUUCCCACCAAACCCCACGUUCAUUUUGCCUCCCCAAAUGCCUUGAGACUGGACAUAGAGGAACUCGGAGCCAGCACUCAGGGGGAGUACGUGUGCACUGCCUCCAACGUCCUGGGCUCUGCCUCAGCCUCAGCCUCCUUUGGGAGCAGAGCUCUGCACCGGCUGCAACUGUUCCAGCGGCUGCUCUGGGUCCUGGGAUUUCUGGCAGGCUUCCUGUGCCUGCUGCUGGGCCUGGGAGCCUGGCACACCUGGAGAAGGAGGCAUUCUCAUAAGAUGAACGUGAACGAGAACUCAGCAGAGAUGACCACCCAUAAAGACACUCUGCAGCUCCUAGGACUGGAUGCAUCCACACAUGAGACAUCAUCUUGUGUCUCACCCCUGAGCUGAUGGAUGACUUACCCGCCCUCAGGAGGAGGUGGUUGAUGCUGUCUGACAACUCAGGUGUUGUGAUCAAGGUCCUGCCUACGUCUGCACCAGCAGCACGGUAACAUCUGACUUUCCAAGACCUGCUUCCAAGCCUCUCAUUCCUAAGAAAAGCGAUGGAGAGGUGGAAUGGAGGCCAACUGGCUGCCUCCAGGGCUCUGAGACUGAGUCAGCCAUGUUGCCCACAUCUCUCUGUGAAGCUUUCCUCUGUGUCCCUUUGCCUCUUUCUUUUCAAAGGCCACCAUGAACUUUUUUGAUUGGUUAGAACAGCAUCCAGGUCACCUUGGACUUUCUUGACUGGUUAGAAUGACAUCCGGGUCCUCACAGACUUGCUAAGAUACUCUUUACCGGACAGAAUAUCAGUCAGGCUGUUUUAACAGAGACCGAAUACAGUGAUUUCCGCGUGACAGAAUUUUAUUUUUCUCUCCUGUACUGGUUAUGCUAUGGAAUAAUAAGAUAUUGGGGCUUAGAAUCCUUCUCUCUUGCUUUUUCUCCAUCACCCAAAUGUUGCCUUUGAUUAUGAGGUUCAGGUGACUGCAGUGAGCUUGGUCCUACAGUGAGAAGGAAGAGAGGAGUGAAGGGCACACCUGUCCCCAUGGUCUGUAAAACUGGAAAGUAUGGUUGUCAGUUCUACCCACUCCUCAGCACCUAGAACUUGGUCACAUAAACACACCAAGCUGUGAGGGAGACUGGGAAAUGUCCUCUUUAUUCUGAGUCUUGACUGUGUUUGGAACCUGUAUUUCUGAAAGAUCCUAACUGUGGACUCAGCCCUAGGACUUUUGAUAUUGAAGAGACUGCCUUCCUCACUCUUGGCUCUGACUCAGUGUCCCUGGCCACUCUGGUUCUGGGUUUCCUGGAAGGCUCUCCCUCUUGUAUGAUAAAACAGAAGAAACCAAGGCCUGGUGGUCCCUAGAUGUUUUAGUUACUGUUCUUUUGCUGUAAAGAGAUACCAUGACCAAGAUAACUCUUAGAAAAGAAAAUAUUCAGCUUGGGCCUUGCUUACAGUUUUAGAGGGUUAGCCCAUGACCAUCAUGGUGGGAAGCAGACAGUUUUGGCACCAGAGUAAGAGCUGAGAGCUUUAUAUCCCAGGCAGGAGAGAGAGAGAGAGAGAGAGAGAGAGAGAGAGAGAGAGAGAGAGAGAGAGAGAGAGAGAGAAAACAGACAAGCCCUGGGUUGGUGUGGACUUUUGAAAUCUUGGAGCCCACCCCCAGAGACACACCUACUCCAACAAGGCCACGCCUCCUAAUCCUUCCCAAACAGCUCAUCAACCAGGGACAAAGCAUUCAAACACCUGGGCUUAUGGGGGCCAUUCUCAUUCAAACCAUCACACUCAGUAGGGCAAGGGCAUGGUGUACAUCUCUGUACAGGGUGUGGUCCCUCCCAACCCUACAGCUGUACCAGCUCUUCCAAGAGCCAGGAGCAGACAGGGGUGUUACCUGUUCAAAUAUGAACAAGCAUCUCUCUCCAUGGCAAAGUGAACAAUUGUUCAUUUCCUGGAUGCCCAUGCUCCAGAGUCUGUUGAAACAAAUGAUUAUCACCAAGAAGGAAUGAAGCGUCCUGGGAGGUCAGGGAUGGGAGGAACUGGGCUUGCAGUGGGCUGGUGACUCCUGCAGCAGCCUGGUAGUAGAUGGUGUCAGGAACAAAGGGCCUGGAGCUGAGAACCUGGAGAGUGGUGGGGCCAGAAUAGGGCUAGAAGGUUGGGAAUGAAUCAGGAAAGGAGUAACUGUGUAGCCAAGGUGGUGCUAUUGCUUGUUCUAGGACCACUUUUUUUCUUCUCUUUCUUUCCUUCCUCCCCUGCCUCCAACAAGGUCUUAUGUAGCUCAAACUGACUUCAAUCUCAUUAAAUGACUGAAAAUGGAUGACCUUGAACUUCUGGUCCUCCUCUUGUCCUUUUCGUUUUUGUGCCUGAAUACCAUAUUUUCUCCAGGAGCCUUUCUAGCGUGUUCCUCCAAUAA